CCGCCUCCCGCCGCUCGCCGCCGCCGCCGCGCCUUCCGCUCCCGCCCGAGCCGCCCGGACCCCGAGCCCAGCGCGGCGCCAUGGCGGAGCAGACCUACUCGUGGGCCUAUUCCCUGGUGGAUUCCAGUCAAGUGUCUACGUUUCUGAUCUCCAUUCUCCUUAUAGUCUACGGUAGUUUCAGGUCCCUUAAUAUGGACUUUGAAAAUCAAGAUAAGGAGAAAGACAAUAACAGUUCCUCUGGGUCUUUCAAUGGCAACAGCACCAAUAAUAGUAUCCAGACUAUUGACUCGACCCAGGCCCUGUUCCUCCCGAUCGGAGCAUCGGUCUCUCUCCUAGUAAUGUUCUUCUUCUUUGACUCAGUUCAAGUAGUUUUUACAAUAUGUACAGCAGUUCUUGCAACGAUAGCUUUUGCUUUUCUUCUCCUCCCGAUGUGCCAGUAUUUAACGAGACCCUGCUCACCUCAGAACAAGAUUUCCUUUGGCUGCUGCGGGCGAUUCACUGCUGCUGAGUUAUUGUCGUUCUCUCUCUCCGUCAUGCUCGUCCUCAUCUGGGUUCUCACAGGCCACUGGCUUCUCAUGGAUGCACUGGCCAUGGGCCUCUGUGUCGCCAUGAUCGCCUUCGUCCGCCUGCCCAGCCUCAAGGUCUCCUGCCUGCUUCUCUCAGGGCUUCUCAUCUACGACGUCUUUUGGGUGUUCUUCUCCGCCUACAUCUUCAACAGCAACGUCAUGGUGAAGGUGGCCACGCAGCCGGCCGACAACCCCCUGGACGUGCUGUCCCGCAAGCUCCACCUGGGGCCCAACGUGGGGCGUGACGUCCCACGCCUGUCUCUGCCUGGGAAACUGGUCUUCCCGAGCUCCACAGGCAGUCACUUCUCCAUGUUGGGCAUCGGGGACAUCGUGAUGCCCGGGCUCCUGCUGUGCUUUGUCCUGCGCUACGACAACUACAAGAAGCAGGCCAGUGGCGACUCCUGCGGUGCCUCUGGAGCCGCCAACAUCUCUGGCCGCAUGCAGAAGGUCUCCUACUUCCACUGCACGCUCAUCGGGUAUUUCGUAGGUUUGCUCACUGCUACUGUGGCCUCCCGGAUCCACCGAGCAGCCCAGCCCGCCCUCCUCUACUUGGUGCCAUUCACCUUACUGCCCCUCCUCACGAUGGCCUACUUAAAGGGUGACCUGCGGCGGAUGUGGUCUGAGCCGUUCCACUCCAAGUCCAGCAGCUCCCGCUUCCUGGAGGUGUGACGGCGCAGAGGAGCACAGCGGCCAUCCGAGUUGCUCUCCGCCCAUGCGCGGUUUCGUUUCCUCAGAGUGGCCUGGUACACAGUCGUACCCGCUUAAGGACCCGACGCGUGACUGGACUUUGCGUUCGCGGGGAGCUUGUGGGCAGGUGCCGGAGCCCUGCCUGGCUCCUCCUGCUCCUGCCAUCCUGGAGGUGGGGCUCUUCCCACCGCAACGGUGACAGGCGGCAGGCCCCGCCGCCUCCAUCCUCGUGGAUCUGCCCGGACUGACCCCGACUGUCACCCGCGAGGCCAGGGCUGUGGACCGGACGGCGGCCGGAGGUGUGCUGCACCUUUGACACUAAAGGAUGAAAAGCGUUAGCCACCGGAGUUUCUCCAGAAAACCCUCAAGAACUCUGUACCCACUUCCCCUGGGGACUCCGUUUCAGAGAACAGGCAGAAGCUCUUCUGUCGUUAUACUCCUUUCCUUUUUCGGAUUUAUUAAACAUGUUCUGUGGUGUGAAGUGACUUCUUAAAUCCACAGACCUUGAGUGACUUCUUACAGCACCCCAGAACCUGCUGGGACAGCUCACGCCCACCAGGUGUUGUGCCCACCAGGUGUUGUCGCGGGCGGGCGCAGCAGUCGGGCCCCGCGACUUGGCGGAGAGACAGCGCCCACCCCGCCCAAUCCGCCCGGGGACCAGCCGCGCCCGCCCGCCCGCCCCGUCUAGUGUUGGAGCCGUGCCCUCGCGGACUCUCGGCGCCCUUGGUUUUAAUCAGUGUAGCGGGUGAGGGACGGAAGCCAGCCGAGACUUCGCGGCCCUCUCCCGCCCCGCUUCUCCCCUCCGGCUGCAGUAGUUCCUUGAGCGGUGCAUGUACCAUAGCCACUGGGUCCCCGUGCUUUCUGAUCAUAGUCAUGGAAUACUUGUAAAUACAUUUUUCUAUUUUCUA